AAUCGAUCAAACAAACAAGGCCCCUUGCUCUUUCUUAUCCACCUUUCGGGUUUUCACUCUCUCUGCGUAGUGAUUGUUUGGAGUGUUGGCUUCUGCGAGCUUCGCUCAAGCCACAGAACACUUCACGGCACCUCUCUCUCUCUCUCUCUCUCUUCUAAAGCCCUCUCUCUUCCAGAGGACGAGGCAAACAACAAUAACAUGACUUCAAUUUCUCCGGCCCUGCCCCAAUCCCUGUCUCUCCUCCGCACCACCUCCGCCGCCGCCUUCCACCACCGCCUGCCGCCGUACCUGCGACUUCCCCCUGUCUCCACCUCCGCCACUCGGUGCUUCCAGCGCCUCUCCGGACCUCGCAGAUCUCUCGCCGUCGCCUCCAGCGCCACCUUCGUCCCUCCAAGAAGUGGAGUAUAUAUUGUGGGUGAUUUCAUGACCAGGAAAGAGGAUUUACAUGUGGUAAAGCCUACAACUGCUGUGGAUGAAGCUUUGGACAUUCUAGUAGAAAAAAGAAUAACUGGUUUCCCUGUAAUUGAUGACAACUGGAAAUUGGUUGGCCUUGUUUCUGAUUAUGACUUGUUGGCAUUGGACUCCAUAUUAGGUGUUGGACCGACGGAUACAAGCAUGUUUCCAGAAGUCGACAGCAAUUGGAAAACAUUCAACGAGGUACAGAAGUUGCUCAGUAAAACCAAUGGGCAAGUGGUUGGAGAUUUGAUGACACCUGCACCGGCGGUUGUUCAUGAAUCCACCAAUCUCGAGGAUGCUGCUAGAAUGUUGCUAGAAACAAAGUAUCGUCGACUUCCAGUUGUAGAUGGCGAGGGAAAGCUGGUUGGGAUUAUUACAAGAGGAAAUGUUGUUAGAGCUGCCCUUCAAAUGAAACGUGCUAGCGAAAUCAAAGCAUGAGAACCAGGAAAACACUCUCACAGGACGAUCAUACUUCCAAUUUUAUCAAUCCCGGUAUUGAAAUUGUGUAUAACAUGUAAAAUUUUGGAUUAUGCAUGUAUAAAACAUCAAAUAUAGAUUCCUCCUCACUAAGAUCAUAUAUAUAUAGAUAGAGAGAGUUAUUGUUGGGACCAAAAUUGAGGACACUUGGAAUACUGAACUCAUAAUCUUAUAGCACUAUAGAAGGAUUAUGUUGGGUUCUAUGUGAAUUUGAUGUGAAAUCUACCAGGCAUUUAUGUAUCAUUAUUU